AUCCACUUUGGCCAAAAAGAAUGUGGCGGGGAUAUAUAAUGGUUUAAGAGAGAAGCCUCGGCUCCGGCUGUGGAUACCUAAAGCAGAUGGAGUCUUCAAGGUAUGACUGCUCUUGUGACCGGCGGAGCAGGAGGAAUCGGGCAUGCCAUAGUAGAGGAGCUAGCCAGUUUUGGGGCCAAAAUCCAUGUCUGCGACAUAUCUGAAACGCUGCUCAAAGCAAAUUUAAGCAAAUGGGAAAAGAGAGGGUUUCAAGUGAGUGGUUCAAAAUGUGAUGUAUCCUCUCGUCCGGAGAGGGAAACACUCAUGCAAACCAUCUCCUCACUAUUUGAUGGCAAGCUUAACAUUCUUGUGAACAACGCUGGCGCGAUUGUCACAAAGCCAACAACAGAAUAUGUGGAAGAUGAUUUCUCCUUCCUUAUGUCAACAAACGUGGAGUCUGCUUUUCAUCUUAGCCAGCUUUCGCAUCCUCUCCUAAAGGCUUCAGACUCUGGAAACAUUGUUUUCAUUUCCUCUAUGGCAGGGGUGGUAUCAAUUGACUGUGGUUCCAUCUAUGGUUUAACCAAAGGAGCUCUGAAUCAGCUAGCAAGAAACUUGGCAUGUGAAUGGGCGAGAGAUGGAAUAAGAGCCAACGCUGUUGCCCCUAAUUUUAUCAACACUGCUCUCGCUCAAGCUUAUCUUGGUGACACCAAUUACAAAGAGGCAUUGUUUAGUAGAACUCCACUUGGUCGAGCAGGAGAACCAAGAGAGGUUGCAUCACUUGUGGCUUUUUUGUGUCUACCUGCAGCUUCAUAUAUAACUGGUCAGACCGUUUGUAUUGACGGAGGUCUCACUGUAAAUGGCUUCUCCUACCAGCCACAUGCUUGAGCCAAGUAUUGUAUGUUGUCAGUCCAAUGAAACACAGUAAAACAAAUAAAACGCAGUAUAGUGCAUAAAUAUACGAGUGUCUUAAAACAUCAUACAUCUUAUAAUUGUACACCCAAAAUAUGUUACAUCUUCUACCAAACUACAAUGAGUGAUAGAUUUA